UUCAGACCACACCGUGAAAAAUGAGUUUUGAAGGUAGAAAUUCUAAACUCUACACUCAAAAUCAUCUUAGUCAAGAAAAAUGGAACAAGCUGGAACAAGUACUGAAGCCACUCAGCCUGACUGAUGAGAUUCUAGAAAAACUUAUGAAUGAAUUCAAAGAACAAAUGCAUCUAGCCAACAGCCAAGAUGAAAACAUUAGAAAAAAAUCUGAUCUUUUAAUGAUGAACACAUUUAUCAGAAUUUUACUUGAUGGGACAGAGCAGGGAGACUACCUGGGUCUAGAUCUAGGAGGUACCAACUUCCGUGUGGUUCUAGUCAGAUUUAAAGAUGGAGUUGCAGACACAACAACACAGUACUACGAACUGACUGAUGAAACUCUGAGUGGACCUUCUGCUGGGGUGUUUGAUUUUAUUGCUGAAAGUCUUCAAGAUUUUCUAACAAAACAAGGGCUGGCAAAUUCAGAGAAAAAAAUUCCAUUGGGGUUCACAUUUUCAAUGCCUACACGGCAACUGGCAUUAAACAAAAGCAUCCUGCUGAAGUGGAGUAAAACGUUCAAAUGUCCAGAUGGUGUUGGGGAGGAUCCAGUGGCCAUGCUGGAGGCUGCCAUCCAAAGAAAAGCCAAGGGUCUUCCUGUGAAGAUUGUGGUUGUCAUGAAUGAUGCUGUGAGUACUCUAAUGGCUGGAAACUACCUGGAUAAAAAAUGCAGAGUUGGGCUGAUUCUUGGUACUGGAUCUAAUGCAGCUUUUGUAGAAAACAUUUCAGACAUUGAAAAAUGGACAGGAGACUAUGAGGACCCUAAACAUGUGAUAAUUAGCACAGAGCUGGCAGGAACAGGAGACAGUGGAUGUAUGGAUUUCUACAGAAGUGAAUACGAGAAAGAAAUCGACAAAUUCUCUAAUUACCCAGGAUCAAACACGUUUAGUAAAUCUUUUACAGGCUUGUACCUGGGUGAGUUUGUGCGUCUGGUUUUGGUCAGGCUGAUCAAAGAUGGGACACUUUUCAAUGGCCAGGGAGGGAAGUUGGUGGAUGGGAGAUGGGAGUUUACAACCUCCCAUGUUACAUCUGUGGAGAGUGAUUUAGGUGAUUCCACAACCAACACAAAAAAUGUUUUGAAGAAAUUUGACCUAGAUUCUGUGGCUACAGAAGAAGACAUUGCCAUUGUGAGAGAAGUGUGUGAGUUUAUUUCAUAUAGAGGAGCCUACAUCAUAGCUGCUGUUAUUUCUGUCCUCAUCAACUAUGUAAGACUACCUGAAGUAACUAUUGGAGUUGAUGGUUCCCUUUAUGAAAAACAUCCAAAGUUCCACAACAGCAUGAUGGAGGUGUUUGAGAAGUUUAGUCCACAGACCAAGGUAAAAAUGAUUUUGGCCAAGGAUGGAAGUGGCCAAGGUGCAGCAUUUGCUGCUGUAUCAGCACUACGACAGACGGCCAAGGGCCUGCGGUGCUCUUAACUAGGACAUUAGUAUUUUAUCAUCCUUUUGGCUGUGUGAAAACUUAUGGAGUGUGAAUAAUAUUUCUGUUUGAAGUUUAUUCUUCAACUCAUCAAACAAUUAUACCAUCACUGUGAUAAGCUGUAGAGGUGAGGGCCAUUAAAAUGGCACAUCACUUACUGGUCAG